AUGACUUUAAACGAUUUUAAAGCGAUUCGGUUUAACGCUAAACUUUUAAUGGCUAAAGGUAGUUUUGGAGAAGUUCAUAAAGCAACAUGGAUUGGCCUUUUUGAUGAAGGUUUUAUGGAAGCAUCAGAAUUAUUAAACCCUAAUUUUACUGUUCAAGAAUUAAGUGAUUCUUUAGAACGUUUAGAAUACAAGGCUCCUUUACAAAACAUUAAAAAUACUAUGGAUACUUCAAAGCAAAAUAACGACUAUGAUAUCUCAUCUUAG